AUGGCCAUUCCCAAGAGUCCAGCCCAGCCCAUCUUUGGGUGGUCUAUGUACUUGAAUUGCCCACAUGCCACUAUCGGCUGGUGCCUCCAACAAGGCACAAUCGCGGCAAUGGCCUCGUCCAAGGAUAUACAGCAGACCUCGAGGCCAUUGGCCCAUCGAUCCUCACCCUCGCAAGCGCCCGCCUCGGGCUUCAUGACUACUCGACAAUCCCAUUCACGAAACAAUUCACACUCGAUUCUUAGCACCUCGCUAAAUGCCAAUCACCGUGUUACUCGCAGAAAGUCCAUGAGCAACCCCGCAGCGAAUGUGGCAGCAGUGGCGGCAGCUCUCAAGGAAGCGGGCGGCGAUGGAGCGUCGGCCAUGUCUAUACGUCGACAUACCAUAUCCAGAGGUGCUGUUGCCCGCGGCGCCGCUGGAGAUGGUCUCCUUUCCCCUCCAUCGAGUCUGCCAACACACAGAUUCCACAUGGACAAAAGAGAAGUGCCGGAAAAUGCCAUUGAUGACGAACCCCAAGACGGCUCUGCGGACGAGGAGAAUACAAAAUUGGUCAAGGCCCGUGCUCGAAGGGCGAGCGAUGGCCAGGCUCUCGUCAAGGAGCGCCGCAAAAGCAAUCGUGUCGAACUUCGCUGCGAAACAUGCGGCAAGGGAUACAAGCAUAGCAGCUGCCUGGCCAAACACUUGUUCGUCUUCCCCUCCCUCGUCCACUGCCUUGUUCCGUCGUAUUCCUACCUUCCGACUGUGUCAUCCGGCCCCACGGAGGGAUCCGCCUGUGUGCUGCCUGUCCCCUCGACGUCGUUCGCUCUGGUGUGGGAACACACUCCUGAAUGGUCGUUAACGUCCAAGCUGCUCAUCUCCAAGCACCAACAAGUCCAACUCCUUGAGGCUGCGUCGGUGCUGGUCGCCAUGAACGGCAAGGAGAAUGAAGAUGCCACUGCGGCCCAGACCACCAGCCCUCCCGAGUCUGCAAGGGACUUCCCUAGCGAGCCAGAAUCAACCGCGUCUCCCGCGGUAUCAGGAUACUCUGAUUCGCGUCAUAGCUCUGCCGACACUACACCGCCUCCACAACUGGAUGGAUUCAGUGCUUCCGCCGCAUCGGGCACAUUCUCCAAGCGAUAUAGCAGCGGAAGCGGGUUCGGAUUCGGACGGUCGUACGGGUCUUUGCACAACCCUCUCGUGACAGGAAGCAUGCCCAACGCUACGGGCUUCUCUCACUUCCGACAGAUGAGCCACGACCACCGACGGCCUCCUUCGUCCGGCCGGAAUGCCACGGGUCAAGAAGAUCGCGAGCUGGCGGCGGCAGUGGAGCUGCUGAGCUGCAGCUUCAAUAGCAACAACGGGUCGCGCAUGGCGAAUCUGUCGGCUGCCGACGUUCCCCCGGUGCCACCUCUGCCGACACAGUAUCUCGAUCAGGCAGCAUCGCUGUCGAGCACAGGCUUUUUAAGCAGCUACCCAGCGCGGCAGCCCGAAAGCUUCACGCGGGGCGAGAUUCGCAGGGGCACCAAGACCGAGGAGAGUGACAGCAUUAUGGACGAGGACGAAUUCGAUCGGCGGUCGCGGUCUCGGAGCGAUGAAGACGACGAUGGCGUCUUCGGUCGCAUGGAAGAGUAA